GACACUCUAAAACAGAUUGCCCACACGACUGAGUUUCUUCUUCGUUUCGCCGAAAAUCUUCUUUUCCUCUUAUCUCGCCAUGGAUCCUUACAAGUAUCGUCCUUCAAGCGCUAACAAUUCCCCCUUCAUGACAACUAAUUACGGUGCUCCCGUGUGGAACAACAACUCUUCCAUGACUGUUGGAACUAGAGGGCCAAUUCUUCUUGAGGAUUAUCAUCUGGUGGAGAAGCUUGCCAAUUUUGAUCGUGAACGAAUUCCGGAGCGCGUUGUUCAUGCCAGAGGUGCCAGUGCCAAGGGUUUCUUUGAGGUCACACAUGAUAUUACCCAUCUUACAUGUGCUGAUUUUCUCCGAGCUCCUGGUGUCCAGACACCUGUUAUUGUGAGGUUCUCUACUGUUAUCCACGAGCGUGGAAGCCCUGAAACCCUCAGGGACCCCAGAGGAUUUGCUGUAAAAUUUUACACCAGAGAGGGCAACUUUGAUUUGGUCGGAAACAACUUCCCCGUCUUCUUUAUCCGUGAUGGGAUGAAGUUCCCUGACAUGGUUCAUGCACUGAAACCAAAUCCGAAGUCCCACAUUCAGGAGAACUGGAGGAUCCUUGAUUUCUUCUCUCAUCAUCCAGAAAGUUUGCAUAUGUUCUCCUUCCUGUUUGAUGAUCUCGGUGUCCCACAAGAUUACAGGCACAUGGAAGGUUCCGGUGUUAAUACCUACAUGUUGAUCAACAAAGCUGGGAAAGCACAUUAUGUGAAGUUCCACUGGAAGCCAACUUGUGGAGUCAAGUGCUUGUUGGAGGAAGAAGCUAUUAAGGUAGGAGGAGCGAAUCAUAGUCACGCCACCAAGGAUCUCUAUGAUUCAAUUGCUGCUGGAAACUAUCCAGAGUGGAAACUGUUCAUCCAAAUUAUCGAUCCUGAUCAUGAAGACAGAUUUGACUUUGACCCCCUAGAUGUAACCAAGACCUGGCCUGAGGACAUCUUGCCAUUGCAGCCAGUUGGUCGCUUGGUAUUGAAUAAGAAUAUCGAUAACUUCUUUGCAGAGAAUGAGCAGCUUGCCUUUUGCCCUGCCAUUGUUGUCCCUGGUGUUUACUAUUCGGAUGACAAGCUUCUCCAGACUAGGAUAUUCUCAUAUUCUGAUACCCAGAGACACCGUCUUGGGCCAAACUAUCUGCAGCUCCCAGCUAACGCUCCCAAGUGUGCUCAUCACAAUAAUCACCACGAAGGUUUCAUGAAUUUCAUGCACCGUGAUGAAGAGGUCAACUAUUUCCCCUCAAGGUUUGAUCCUUGUCGUCAUGCAGAACAGUAUCCAAUUCCUCCUCCUGUCUUGACAGGAAAGCGCGACAAGUGCAUCAUUGAAAAAGAGAACAACUUCAAGCAGCCGGGAGAGAGAUACAGAUCUUGGGAACCGGACAGGCAAGAAAGAUUUAUCUGCAGAUGGGUUGAUGCUCUAUCCGAUCCUAGAGUCACUCAUGAGAUACGCAGUAUCUGGAUUUCGUACUGGUCACAGGCUGACAAAACUCUUGGUCAGAAGAUCGCGUCCCGUCUCAAUGUAAGGCCCACAAUGUGAAGCUGAUAGUAGUAUAUUCAAAUAUGUUGCUGUGCUGAAAGAUUAAUCCAAGAAAUCAGUUGUUUUGGUAGAGUAUACUGUUUUGGUGAUUGGGUCGUAUGCUGUACCAAACAAACUUUCUUGUGUUAUUCUGACGUUGUUGCCUGAAUAAAGUUAAAAGUAGUUUGUUCAAGUAUCUUUAUCAUUUUCAUUCAAUUCUAUCUUGUUUCGCU